AUGUCUGCGGCGCCGCGGCCGUCUCGUUUUCGCUUCGUCGCCGCACUGGCGUCGGCUGCGGUAAGAUCGGGGGUGAUGGACCCAUCCGUGAGACGGGAUCCGGAGCUGGAGGGUUCCGCGGAGAGCUCGCUACCGCAGCCUGCGCCUGCCGGGCCUCGUCCGCGUCUCCCUGCGCACCCCUCCGCGAGCGAGCCCGUGCACCACUUCGAGCGGGUUCAAACGCUUCCCCAUCGUCCUGCCGCGCGCCCCGCCUCGCCGGAGUAUUCGUGGGCGCCUGCUCGUGUUGCGUCGAACCGCCCGGACGGUCAGCCGCGGCAGGAGCGCGGGUGCUCGCCUUUGCGGCACCCUCAACAGCCGCCCUCUCCUCGCCGCCCUUCUCCUGAGCGUCGCGAGCACUAUCAGCGCGGGGAGGGGGGUAAGCGUUCUCCUGCACGUCCUCGCUCCCCUCGCCGCCCAUCCCCUCGUGGUCAGGCAGGCCAGCGCUCACCGCGAGCGCGAUCCCCCGCGCAACGUUCUCCUCGGCGAUCUCCGGCGACGCGGGGGAGGGGGUCGCCUGGUCGUCGCUGGGAUUCGGGUCGCCGCGAGCAGUCCCCCCCGCGUCCACAUUCGGCUGGUUCCGGGGGACGGCGGGGCUGGCGGAAGGGCGGAGGGCGAGGCGGGAAUGGCAACCAGCCUGAUCCAGCCCUCGAUCAUGCUGCGGACACGUUCGUGGAGGUGGUGAGGCAGGCCCGGGCGAGUGGGGCGCCGACUCACGUCCAUAUUGAGGUGACCAACGGUCCCCCCUUCGCCGCGGACCCAGGCCAGGUCGCUCCUCUGCGUGCGCCGACGCUGCGCGAGUAUCAGCCCGUGCGUGAGGGGAGGGCUCAGUUCCGCACCCCCCGUCAGGUUCCCGGCUUCUCUGCGCCGCGCUUGGCUGUUGGCCGGACUCCUGGCUGGCCGGCGGCGUUUCCGCGCGAAGCGCAGACUGCACCUCUCCCCACUCGCGCGGGGAGAGACCCCAUGCUGACCAUGUGCCGGGUUCUGAAUCUGGCGGAGGCGUGCGAGGUGGUGGCGAACUUGCAGCUGGCGUCGCCGUUGGCACCCGUGUCGGACGCGCCCGCCGGGGUAGCUCCCUUAGCCCGUACUUUCCCCCGCCACGUGGGGGAUCUUGUAGGGGCUGCUCAAGCCGGGACCCCCUUGGACACGCUCCAGUCGUCGGCGCAUCUCCUUCUUGCGUUGUCGGCGUGCAUGCGCUCGAUGCUUGAGGUGGAGGGGGCGGAGCCGUACACGAUGUAG